CUACGAGGAUGUGUCUGCAGAAGCAGACGUCUUCCGACACAGGAAGAGCUCCUCCUGAAAUAUUUCGCUGCUCAAAUACCCUUGAAUGAACCACGUGAGGCAGUUGAACACAAGCACAGUAAACAAUCGCAGUUUGCUGUACCAGCAUCGAACUGCACUGUAGCAGUUGGCUUCGGGAAAGUCACGGAUUGAUAGAAGCGCAGUGCGCAUACUACGUAUCUAUUUGGGGCAAAUAGGUCAGAGUACAAUGUCUGCCAAGUGUAAAUCUCUGUUUUUGCUACAUCGGUGUGCGACUGCAAGGCAUGUCACCUUGUUGACAAAGAGCUUAUCGCGGGUCACGACGCAGGACAAAGCGCUGACAGGUCUUGGGACAGAUAGGUGGACAAAUAUCCAGCAACACCAGUAUCAUAACUGGUCAUUUCCAGUCACGCCGUCCUUACACAUCUUUACCAAAACCCAGUCUGCGUUCAAAGUCAUCCAGCUUGGCCUCUGCACUAAGACAGGGCCGUCUGAUGACAGCGACUAUCCCCCGCUGCCAGUCUACUCGUUGGAGUCCGAAACUGCGAAAAAUGAGGUGUACAUCGUCCACGCUAAAGGUCUCCCGUGGGCAUGCACAGCUGAAGACGUGCUGCAGUUCUUCUCGGAAUGCAGGAUCCGUGACGGGGUGAAGGGCAUUCACCUGACGCUGAACAGACAGGGGAAGCCCAACGGACAGGCCUUUGUUGAGAUGGAGCAUGAAGAGGAUGUGAGCAAGGCCCUGGAGAAGCACAGACAGUACCUCGGCAUGCGCUAUGUUGAAGUGUACGAGGUGUCGGACGGCGAGGCGGAGACCAUCCUGAAGACGUCGGCCAGCCAGCCGGCGCCCAGCGUGGCGCCCAACGUGGCGAGCAGCGACGGCGUGGUGCGCAUAAGAGGGCUGCCCUUCAGCUCCAACGAGUACGACAUCCAGACGUUCUUCUCGGGGCUGGAUAUAGUGGAAGACGGAGUCACCAUCGUGCGAGACUUAAAGGGGAGGAACUCAGGCGAGGCCUUCGUGCGCUUCGCCUCCCAGGACAUGGCUGACGAAGCUCUGCAACGCGACAGAGGCCACAUAGGCAACAGGUACAUUGAGGUGUUUGCCAGCGCCAGCAGCCAGAUCCGCACCAGUUGGAGGAGCAAAGAAUGGGUCCAGAGCGACUCGUCUCCGUCUCACGACGGGCAGCCCCGACCCUCCCCUCCGUGGGCGGAGCACAACGCGGCCUCCAACCCGGCCACCACGUUACAUUACGUGCACAUGAGGGGCGUGCCCUUCCAUUCUACUGGACGAGACAUCGCCCACUUCUUCUCCCCGCUGGCCCUGUCCAAGAUCCUGGUUGAGUUUGGGCCGGACGGGCGGCCCAAGGGGGAGGCGGACGUGUUCUUCAGGUCCCACCAGGAUGCAGUGUCAGCCAUGUCCAGAGAUAGGCUGCAUAUGGGUGGGAGAUACAUCGAGUUGUUUCUCAACUCCACAAAUACUAACAUGAGUAAGUAG